CAUGGCCUUGGCCACGCGGGACGCAGCCGCUGCGCUUCGCCUACGCGGGACGGCUUCCACGCGCUUCCGUUUCUUCUUUUUCAGCUUCUUCUUUUCUGAAACCAGGAGAGGAGAAACUAUCUUCAUCCUCCUCCUCCUCCUGUCCCACGCCUCCCAAACCCGCGCGGGGGUCUGAGGGGACGAAGCAGGGGAAGAAGCGCCCGCUCCGGCUCCGGAGAUAUUGACAAUCUCCUGAUUGGUCGAUGGAUUUACCACCGUCAAUGCAACAGUAUUUUAGUUAGAAAAUCGAGUGAAGCAUGGGUGACUGGAGCUUUCUGGGGCGGCUGCUGGAGAAUGCUCAAGAACACUCCACUGUGAUAGGAAAGGUUUGGCUGACAGUCCUCUUCAUUUUCCGUAUUUUGGUGCUGGGCGCGGCAGCUGAAGAAGUUUGGGGGGACGAGCAGUCGGACUUUACGUGUAACACGCAACAGCCGGGUUGUGAGAACGUGUGCUACGACGAGGCCUUCCCCAUUUCCCACAUUCGUUUCUGGGUGCUGCAAAUCAUCUUCGUCUCCACCCCCACCCUCAUCUACCUGGGCCAUGUGCUUCACAUCGUACGCAUGGAGGAGAAGAGGAGGGAGAGGGAGGAGGAGCUCAGGAAGGCCGGACGCCACCAGGAGGACCACGACCCCCUCUAUCACAACGGAAUCGGCGACGGCAGAGGAGGGAAGAAGGACAAGCCCCCGAUCCGGGAUGAACACGGAAAGAUCCGGAUUCGUGGGGCACUUUUGAGGACGUACAUCUUCAACAUCAUCUUCAAAACUCUGUUUGAAGUGGGCUUCAUCUUAGGACAGUACUUCCUGUAUGGGUUCCACCUGAGGCCGCUCUAUAAGUGCGCCCGCUGGCCCUGCCCAAACACGGUGGACUGCUUCAUCUCCAGGCCGACUGAAAAGACGAUCUUCAUCAUCUUCAUGCUAGUGGUUGCAUGCGUCUCCUUGGUCCUCAACCUAUUGGAGAUCUACCACUUGGGCUGGAAGAAGGUCAAGCAAGGGGUGACUAACGAGUUUGUUCCUGACAGUGAGUCGGUUCUUAGUCACCAUGAGCCUGCCGAUGCGGAGACGAACCCAGAACAAGUUCCGCCGGCCAUGCUCAACCGGUUAUCGGAGUACGCUAAUGCGAGCUUUGUGGGGGAUAGAGUCGCUGAAGACGGAGCCUCCAGUCCCGCUGUGACCUUACCCACAGUGGUUUUCAACCCCAACAUGGCGACCCCUCCGACGCCUUCAGAACUCAAAGUAGAUGGCGCCGCGUUCCAUCCGGAUGUCUUCCAGUUGGAGGUGAGGUCUCCUUCGUUUUCCACCAAUGGUGAGAAGGUGAGCCUUGGCAGCCACGGGCAGCUGUCAGAAACGGAGCAAAACUGGAGCAACAUGGCUUUGGAGCUCCACCAUCAGAAUGGCAAAAGCUCCUCCUCGUCAUCUUCAUCCUAUGCCCGACCUCUUCCCUCUUCCCCGACCUCCGCCUCCUCCUCGCCCUCCCCUGACGACGAGGCGGCCCUCCAGCGAGAGAACCAACUCUCCAUGUUCCCCACGCUCCCCCGCAACACGCCUCUGUCCAUCCUCGCACUAGAGGUAAGAGCGGCCGACGAGGAAAGCCCCGCGGUGGAGAACGAGGACGUCACCGUGGUCACCACAGCAGAGAUGCAUCAGCCUCCUGGUGAAGACGCCAGGAGGCCGAGUCGGCCGUGCAAGUACAGCGGCGCCAGAGCUCGCCCCGAUGACCUGGCAGUGUAGCUAAAACGUACACACUCUCACAUCACUACAACAGUGCAAACCUACUCUUUACACGACUAGAAGUGUACAUAAAUAUACAAAUAUAUGCAGCUUUCGUCUACAGUUCGCUGCUUCAACCGGGAAAGAAGCAGAAUGUGACCAAGAGAGUACGAACACUCGCCAACUCUUAAGGCGCGGACACACUAGACCACACGGUCCUGAGGGAGUCCACACGCAAUUCAUGUCAUUUAUAAAGAAGAUGAGACAGAAAAUCUCUUAGAAAGAGGAAAAGGAAAUGCUACAUAUCUUUGGGUAGACAUCCAAUUGGUCAAUGCAGGAAAACUGUACACAAUAUACCGAAACUCUGGCAUUGUGUCUGAGCCUGGAUGAGUCCUUUAUCUGAGUUUAGCAUACGCAACUGUAAACAAGCAACAACUAGCUAACAUUUUGUAAAUCUGUGUAAAGUUUGGCUGAACUACUUUUUGUCAGCUCCUUUUAAUUUGGUAUCAAUACAUUAAAACCUGAUGAUUAUUCCAAAUUUACAAGUGAACGAGUUAUAAGUAGUGAAAACGCUUCCAAUCAAAACCGUUCAAAUAUUGAUUUCAAGGUGCUAAAAAUGUAGCCAUGUUGCCAAAGUUAUUUUGGCUAGCUUAAUUCUGAAACCUAGCAGUCAAAUGUUUUGAAACACUGGCCAUGUCCACUAAUAGUUUUCUAGAACUUUCUAUUUUCUGUUGAUCAGAAGAUAAAAGUGCCAGAUAUUUGGGUUAGAAAACAUAAAUUAGAGCAUUCUUAGUGUCCUUUACAAUAUCUGACUCGUAAGAGUUGUUGUCUAAAGCUACAAUUUAGAAGCCAAAUUUUAAGUCAAAUGGAAAAUUUUAUUUGAGUGCAGUUUUAAAAACGUUUGCUAGUUGGACAGAGUGACCCCUCCCCCCUUGCAUUCCAAACAGGAAGUAGUACUUGUCACCUCCAAUAAGCCACAAUGAUUGACAGAUUCUCCCUUCAGUGGAAGGGGAGUGGCCAUCCAACAGCCUGACUCACCUGAUUGGUGAGAGUGGUUGCCAUAGAAAUGUUAGCUCAGACCAAUCAAAGCUUACUGACAUCGUCUCAUUCCAACAUGGCGGUGUCCGUAUCCAAAAUAAUGGCGGCUGAAUUAACUUAAUUUCUUUUUAACCGGAAGAGGGUCCUUUUCUGUAGGUGACGUCACACUCACUCUGUCCAGUUCUCAGAUACAGUCAGUACCAUACAAUACCAAUGCUAAUGUUAGGAUUAAAAUACAUAGAUUUAAAAACGUAAUCUAAUACAUACAUUUGACAGAAAACAUUUUCUAUAACAACAUAUAGGCAUUUAAAAUUCUUGUAUGCUAAAAGUUGUUGACGCUACAUUCAUGCUAGCUCAAAAGUUAGUUCAAAUAUUUCGUAAUAAUUUGAGUUUUAGUUAUCAAAAAUUUGUUACAACUAAAAUAAUACCUAUAUAGGGUAGAAAAUGGUAAAUAAACUUAAAUUACGCAACAAAGUAAGCUAACAAAAGCUAACAAGAAUGUAUCAUUUUAAAAGUUGCUAUCUCAGAAUAUUUCCCGCCUUUUUCCACCUUUCAAGCUAGUUCUUUCAGUGUUUAUGCUAAGCUAUUAUAACUAUUUACUAGUUUCAUCCUACAAAUUAAAAUUACAGAUGUGCCAUUGUUCAAUUAUCUGACCCUCAACAGAUAUAAUAUUUCCCGCCUUUUUUCGCUAUACAAGCUAGUUUUUCAGUUUUUAUGCUAAGAGCUAACUAUUUAUCGGUUUCACCUCAUUAAAUCAUUUAUCUGACUCUCAACAGAAAUCGUAAUUUAGACAUUAGACAAUUACAUUUGUCUUUAUAAAUAUAAAUCUUUUUUAAGAAAAACUUCAAAUAAAAUGACAGAAAGUUUGUUAGCAACCAAAUCUAUAAAAUGGAAUAAGGGAGGAUUAAAGGCUAUUUUAUUUGCCUUACAUGGAUGUAAACAUAGGUACUGGCUAUAUUUAUUAGCAACAAUUUGGGGAAAAAGUUAAUUUAUUUUAGUGAUAAUUGGACUGAAAGCAAUGUAACUGUUAGGAUUAAAAUAAGUAGAUAAAAAACUUAAUCUAAAACAUAAAUGUAGCAGAAAACAUUUUUCAAAGCAACAAACAAGCAUUUUGAAGUCUUGUUUGCUAAAAGUUGUUGACACUAAAGUCGUGUUAGCUCAAAUAUUCGGUUCUGAUUUGAUUUUAGUUAUUACAUAAAUUCCCACAACUGCGAUAACACCUGUUUACAGCAGAAAAUAAAACUUAAAUUAAACAGCAAAGUAAGCUUAUUAAAGCUAACAAAAGGUAUAGUUUUAAAGCUUGCUAUCUAAGAACAUUUCCCGCCUUUUUCACCAUUCAAGCUAGUUCUUUGAGUAUUUAUGCUAAGCUAAGAUAUUUAUUUACCAGUUUAAUUUUAUAAAUUAAGAUUACAGAUCAAUAAUCUGAUUUUAAGCAAAAAUCCUGAUUUAGACAUUGUCUUUUUACUUAUAAAUAUAGGUAAAAGUUUUUUUUUUUUUUUGCUGCUUGUUAGCAGCUAAUUAAAGACUACCAUAUUUGCCUUACAUGUACGUAGACACAGGUACUUUCUACAUAAUAUUAGCACAGAUUUGGGAGAAAUAUAAUUUAUUAUGGUGACGAUUGGACUUGGAGCAUAGAGGCAUGAUGAAGAAUGUUUAUUAAAUAUUUUUAUAUUUAUUUUGGCUCUCUGAUGGGAGACGCCACAGGAGAGGUUUGCACUUUUGUUCUUUUUUUUUCCUUUCACUUCUUACUCCUUUUUUGUGAUGACAGAGCUGAUCAGCCUGUGGGUCUGUUGAAUGUGUCUGUCUUUGUGUGCUGCUCUCACCCAGCCUGUAGUUUCUAUGAAGAGAGGGGAUGCACUGUCAGAAAGCAAUGAAGCAGUCCCACACUGAGACAAUGCUCUUAGGCUUUUCAGGCUGUGAGUGUGUCUUAUUUCAGUGCUAUAAAGCAUUUCUGCAUUUCUAUAAGGGCUACACAAAAUAUAUAAAUAUGUAAAUAGAUGAAAAUGCAGAUCAGCCUUCAGUAUUAAACUUAUUCUCUGGUCAAGCUGCAACUAAUACAUCUAACAAAAACAUUCAUUUUGAAACGGUCCAAUCAUUCAUUAUAGAUCUAUGUUAAAGGGCUACAGCACAAAAGAAGAGUUUAGGUUGUAAGUUUUGCAGCUUGAACGGAGCAUAAACUCAGUAAACCUUCUUUAGAGGUUGUGUUUGCAGUGUGUUUCAGAACUCUCAAGUUUCCGCUGUUUCGUUUAAAAAAUACAUAUAUUAUAGUCAAGUUGUAGAAUAUACCAAAACCUUUCCAUUUUUAGAAAAAAAAAGUUCAGAAAAAGAAAAUAAUCUUUAAAAAAUGUAUUUACUGUUACUUUAGUUUAU